AUGCUGAAUGGUAGAGUGCUCAUCAACCUAUUUACGGAACAUGCUAGUCCCGUUGUCGGUUUCACUCUAUCGCAUAUUAGAAGUCGCUAUGCGACUGCCUGCAAAGGUUCUACAUUUAUCUCCAAGGCACAACCGGACGACCAUAUUCUUCAACAAGAUCGGCGAGUGUCCUACUAUCAUAAAGCAACCUUCAGUAACUGUUCCGCUAUUGAGGAAGCUGUGGCAAUUCAGAUGGCUAGACCACUUGACAUUGGUUUGAGCGGUCUGCCGAUAGAGUCAGCCCAGGACGCAGGCUGUACUCGCACCCGCACUGCAGCCUAUCAUCCGGCUGCCAACGGAAUGGUGGAACUCUUCCACUGGACCUUGAAAUACUCCCUCCGCGCCGCAGCCGAUCCGGAGAACUGA